AUGUUUGUCGUAAUCUUAAGUUAUGCUUUUACCAACACAGAUACGUCAUCACUUACGGGCAACAUAGAUGGUUUUGCAAGGUCAUCCGAUGGUCCACUACAAAGUCUACUUAGAAGACGAGGAUUCGGUUGGAUGCUAGAGGUUGAGACUGAGGAUUCUGACUUUGAUAAACCUAUUCUGGAGGAACUAGACGUCGAUCUUAAGACAAUUGGUAAGAAAAUGAAAGCAGUUAUUCUGCCUUGUGUUCGGUCUGGGCUGGAUCCGGCGUCAGUUCGCGAGAACCCUGAUUUCUGGGGACCUCUAACAGUGGUUAUGCUCUUCUCUCUUGUUUCGUUGGUUGGGCAAUUGAGGGUCGUCGCUUGGAUUCUUACUAUUUGGCUAGCUGGCUCCUUUAUCAUCUAUUUUAUCGUGCGGUCAUUGGGAGGUGAAGUGGCGUAUGCUCAAUGUCUCGGAGUAAUCGGCUAUUGCCUUCUUCCACUUCUCUUAAUGUGUGCUCUCGGAACUUUGUGCAACUUGGGAGGCUUCCAAAGGUCUUUUAUUGGAACUCUAUGGUCUGCUUACAGUGCGGGCAAAUUACUCUCCAUGGAGAACCUCCAGCAGCGCUGUAGCCUAGUUGUUUACCCUAUCGGUUUACUUUAUAUCUACUUUUUGUCUCUUUACACUGGUGUCUAG